AUGUGGAACGAGAUAUUGUUCCAGGAGUACUGGGGAAAUAGAUAUAAGAUUGUGUGCAGGAUGAGGGAUUGGUUCAGGGAUACAAGUGAGUAUAAGAAGUCAAGUGACCAGAAACGUGUCUUCAAACCCUCACCAUCUGGUGUUCGCAAGAUCAUCCUCUCCACCAACAUCGCAGAAACCAGUGUCACAAUAAAUGAUGUGGUUUAUGUCAUAGAUGCUGGCAAGAUGAAGGAGGUGAGUUUUGACUCAAACUUGGGUGUGUCAUGCUUGAGAUGCGUAUGGAUAUCCCAGGCCUCAAGUCAACAGAGGAGGGGCCGGGCUGGCAGAUGUCAGCCGGGCAUCUGCUACCACCUCUUCUCACGCAGCCGCUACAACAACAUGCAGCAUUUCCAGACCCCAGAAAUCUUGAGGACACCACUGCAGGAACUAUGUCUUCACACCAAACUUCUAGCUCCAGCCAACAUGCCUAUUGCAGAUUUUUUGGCAAGAGCACCAGAAGCACCAGCAUUUAUGGUUAUCAGAAAUGCUGUUCAGUUGCUCAAGAGCAUGGAUGCCCUAGAUGGCUGGGAGGAUGUCACAGAGUUGGGCCACCACCUGCUGGAUUUGCCGCUGCCCCCGCGCUUGGCCAAAAUGGUUAUCACAGCCACUGUUCUCAAGUGCCUUGAUCCAGUACUCACUAUAGCUGCCUGCCUCUCAUACAAGGACCCCUUCAUACUACCGAAGCACCCAAAUGAGAAGAGAAGUGCCACUGCUGUGCGCAGGAAGUUCACAUCAGGGACCUACAGUGACCACAUGGUCCUCCUGAAGGCAUUCCAGGCUUGGCAGAAGGCCUGUAGUGAAGGCUGGGAAAGAGGCUGGUGUGAGAGGAACUUUGUCUCUGGAGCCAAUAUGGAGAUGAUCCACGGAAUGCGGUCUCAGGUGCUAGCCCAGCUGAGAGGAGCGGGGUUUGUGCGAGCUCGAGGACCUGGAGACAUCAGGGAUGUAAAUAGCAACAGUGAUAAUUGGGCCAUGGUGAAGGCAGCUCUGGUGUCAGGGAUGUACCCAAAUCUCAUCAGGGUCGACCGAGAACAGUGUCAGCUGAGAACGCAGAAGGAGAGCAAGGUGCGCCUCCAUCCGACAUCCUCCUUACUGGACAUGGCAGGAAACAACACUGAGCCUCUCAGUGCUGCCCACAGAGCCCUGGUUAGCGCUUUGGCAUCAGACUGGCUAGUGUAUGAUGAAAUGGUUCGCAUAGGAGUGGUGGCCCACGUCAAAACGGUGACCCUCGUGUCUCCUCUUACAGUUCUUUUGCUAGCAGGACCAAUGCGAUUGCCCCUUGAUGCUCUGUCAGAACCAUCAAGUCGAGGCAGUGGUGAUUGCAGUAGUGACAGUGAAAGUGAAGACCGUCCCAUGGGUUUGAGUUGCCUUGUGAGAAUUGACAACUGGAUUCAGUUCUUGGGAGAUCCUCAGGCUGCACACCUUGCUCUGCAGUUGAGACACAAGUUGCAUGCAUUGAUUCUCAGGAGACUGCGUGCACCAAACAAGCCUCUCACUCAGGCUGAUGAGGAUGUUGUUCGUGUAGUGGCAACGGCCCUGAGUCAGGAGGAGCAAGUCCUGAGCCUGGUGCAGCCCUCAGGUGUAGGCCAGCGUCCACGGCCACUUUAUCCCCACAGCCACCCCCAUGAAGGUGGAUGGUCAGGAGGCACAUCAGAAGACUCACAGUCUAGCCGUUCCUCAUCUCGCCGCACAAGUGACACAGCAACACCAACCCUUACUCCAACAACACCCCCAGCUGGCCAGUCGCAUCCCUCAACAAGUCUCAAGUUCUUGAGUGGCAAUACCUCAAUCAAUAAAUCAGUGCCUCCUGGAACAAUUUCAAGCUCAGCUUCUUCAUCUAUCAGCAGCAGUUCAGUCAAUGCCUUCCCUACAUCACAGCUUUUGCUGACAUCCAGUGCCAGUAGCAGCAUGAGUUUCCCAACUUCAGGAUCUUCAACUCUGACUGCUCCCCCCAUCCCUGGUACCAAGUCCAAUGGCAACCUGCUGUUAAAUAGCACAAGUAAGACAACCACCACCUCCCCAAGUAGCCCUCACAACAGUUCUGGUGUGGCUCUUAACAUGGCAAACCAAAAUGCAAGUGGGAACAGCCACAACAUUGCUUCUGGUGGUCGGAGCUCCACGGCCACCACAUCAUGUGCUAUUGUAAGGCCCUCUUUCUCACCUAAUGUUGGGGUGGGUGGCAUGAAUAAGCCAUGCACAAAAGAUCCAAGGGGUGGCUUAGGCAGUGGCCUUGCAGAGGGUGGGAGCAAUGGGGGCAAACCCAGGUUCUUCAUCAUCAAAGCUUCAUCAUAUAAGCAGCUUGAGGCAUCUCACCAUACAGGGCUUUGGGCCUUCACGCACAACACGGAAAAGAAAAUUAUACAAGCCUUUCAGAAUGGCCCAGUGAUCCUUGUGUUCACUCUUCAUCGUGGCAACCAAUUUAAUGGUUAUGCUCGAUUUAUUGGUGAAAAAACUGAAGAAAAAUGUCCGGAUAUUACAAAUGUUGGGCCAACACUGGGACCACUGUUCAAGAUUGACUGGGUAAAGAAAUGGAAUGUUGGUUUCCAUCAGACACGAAGGUUGUACAACCCCUAUACAGACAACAUGCAAGUCCAUAUGAGCAGAGAUGGACAGGAAGUGGAGGCCAACGUAGGAGACCAGCUAAUCAAACUGUGGGACAAGAGUGGGAGCAGCAGCACAGGGAGCAGUGGUGGCUACAAGGGGCCCAACAGCUACAUGGUGGGCAGUGGUGGACCACCCAUCAUGCAUGACCCCCAAGGUCCCCCCCCACCACCCCGCCAUCCCCUCCACCCACCACACCUUGGUCCUGUCCACUCUCCAUUCCACCAUCACUUUGGGAGGAACUAUGGUAAUGGCUAUGGCUAUGGUGGAGGCAGUGGAAGUGGGGGAAGUGGGGGCUGCAGUGGGGGCGGUGGGUAUCGGGGGGGCUACAGGUACGGAUACAGGCGGUAGAGGGGCAGGUAAACACUGUCAUGGCAACCAUGCAUCCAGAUGUCUUGUUGUCACAAUUUUCAAGAGAAAUAACAAAGAAGGAAGGAGAUUUUGGUCUGCUUCUUGCAGCAGAAACACAGGACUCUUGUGUGUUCCAAGCAUUUAGCACAAUAUUUUUCUGUGAUGAUAGUUAAGAAAUAACUCCCUUUGUGCUCACAGGAUCUAGCACAGCAUUGGAUCUGUUAGCGUUUCAUUAUUAGAUACUGUCUUAAUAAACUAAAUAAUAAUGAUUGUUAAGAACACAGUACCAGUAUACAUAUAUCAAAUAAGGUUGUUCUUUACUUUAUUCUCUAUUCUGACAUGAAAACUGUUGAAGAUUUGUAACCCCAUUUUGUUUGGGGAUAGAUAAAAAAAUGCAUUUAUGCAUUUCCUUUCUUAUUCUCUCUUCUUUCUUUUUUUCUUCCUCUCUCUCCUCGCCUUUUCAUGUUAUUAUCUUAGUGUUAUUCUUUAUAUUUUGUAUUGUUUUGUAAAGGGGAGACUAAAAUUUACAUUUAUUUGUAGGUUUCGUUAUAUAUUUAACCCAUUGCCACAAGGAGAAAAUGGGGUUUGUUUGGCCUGUGCUCUUGGCAGUAUGCACGGCAGACCGAGCUUGCUUCUGAGGCCUCUUUCAGACACUGCCAGUGCACAACACUCGCUGCACUGCUCCAACAAAUUGAUAUUUAUAUAUUACUUAUAUGCACAACAUGGAUUUAAAGUUUUUGCCUAUUCAGAGAUGCAUGAUAUGUAAUUUAGUUGCUAGAUCAAAUAUUUAGUAGCCCGAUUGUGUAAAUUAAUGACAGCUUCAAUAUAUAAGAUACACGUUUUGGUGCGUGACAUCUUCCAGGCAUAAAAAGUGAAUGAAUUGUGUGCUAAAAUUCAUCAUUUCUACUAAACAGUAGCCAGUCAUAGCAUUACACAUCCCAUUCUCACUCAUGCUAUGUCCCAGAGCAAUUGGAGUGGUCAUGGUAGUUGCAUACAAAGAACAUGUAAUGCUAGCACCAUCCUAACACAGCAUGAAUGACCCAUCACCCAGACCUAUAACCAAGUCAGCCAAGAUAUGAACCAUGCGGCAUCCAUAGGCUGUGAGUUAGAAUAUAUGUGCUUGGUGUGUUUCUGUUUCUCUUAUUGCUUAUAUUAUUAUAUAUCUGUA